GUCCCGGCCUGCUCUUUUCUCUGCCUGCUCUGAUGGACUCCCAGUGCCUUCCCUUGAGAACGGGGCUAGUGGCAAGAAACCACAGGAAGGAAUCUUACCCGUCUUCCUCACCAAUAUGGUUUGUGGACUCUGACGACCCAAAUCUGACAUCAGUUCUGGAACGUCUAGAAGAUACUAAGAACAACAAUUUGCUCCGUCAGCAGUUGAAGUGGUUGAUUUGUGAGCUCUGCAGAUUGUAUCACCUUCCUAAGCACCUGGAUGUGGAGACCCUGGACGAACCACUGCCCGCGGGUCAGAAUGGGACAACAGAAGAAGUGACUUCAGAAGAGGAGGAAGAGGAAGAGAUGGCUGAAGACAUAGAAGACUUGGACCACUAUGAGAUGAAGGAAGAGCCUAUUAGUGGGAAAAAGUCAGAGGAUGAAGGAAUUGAAAAAGAAAAUUUGGCAAUAUUAGAGAAGAUUAGGAAGACUCAAAGGCAAGACCAUCUAAAUGGUGCAGUGUCUGGGUCUGUGCAAGCUUCAGAUAGACUUAUGAAAGAGCUCAGGGACAUAUACCGAUCACAGAGUUAUAAAACAGGGAUUUACUCAGUGGAACUCAUAAAUGACAGUUUAUAUGACUGGCAUGUUAAACUGCAGAGGGUCGAUCCUGACAGCCCUUUGCACAGUGAUCUUCAGAUCUUAAAAGAGAAAGAAGGCAUAGAAUAUAUUUUGCUUAACUUCUCUUUUAAGGAUAACUUUCCAUUUGAUCCUCCAUUUGUCCGAGUGGUGUUGCCUGUUCUCUCAGGAGGGUAUGUGUUGGGUGGUGGAGCGUUAUGUAUGGAGCUUCUCACAAAACAGGGUUGGAGCAGCGCCUACUCCAUCGAGUCCGUCAUCAUGCAGAUCAACGCCACCCUGGUGAAAGGCAAAGCCAGGGUGCAGUUUGGAGCAAACAAGAAUCAAUAUAAUCUAGCAAGAGCCCAACAAUCUUAUAAUUCCAUUGUACAGAUACACGAGAAAAAUGGCUGGUACACCCCUCCAAAGGAAGACGGCUAAAUGUGUUGACUGUCAUAUGUUUGGACCAAUGUUGCUUUAAAGAAAAUCUUUCCAACAUGCAGACACAAGCUUUGAGUGUCCCUGUAACAGCAGUACCGAAGACAUUAGCUAAUAGAUAUUUUAGUGGAUAAUCUGUCAACUGACAUCCUGUAUAAGUUACAGCCUUUUCAUUUUGCUCAUUUUAGGCAUCCUGGACUGAGCAGUGGGGCCUUUACUGUAUUUUUCCUGAUAAAUACACAUAGUGGCCACUCCUUAUCUCUUUUUCUUGAAAAGUGAAAUCUGUCAGGCAGGCAGGUCAGCAUCAGGUUACCAAAGGUGCGACUUGAGCGUAACUUGCCUGUUCUGAGCGCGUGUGUUAUGAGAACUCACAGUAUAUUGUUCCAUUUUAGAGUCAAUAAAAGUUUAAUUGAUGUUUAAUAUUGGUUUAGAAAAUUUAAGGUCUUCUGAAUCGCGGUAGCUACUUCAGGCUGAAACCAUUUUAUGAUAUUGCCAAAAUACUGACAGGAAACUUAUUCAAUAAACUGUUAAACUUUUUCAUGGCCAUGUGAAGAUGUGAGCUGUUUCCCGAAAACUUGCUCUUACUUGAGUUGUGUUGUGCUUUUUAGGCAAAGCAAAGCAAGGCUGGGCGGAGCAAGCAGGGAAGGCUUGUGAGUACUGACUCCAAUGGGGCGGCAGUCGCGCUUGGCUGAAUCUGCUGCUUACCGGUUCAAUGUUUCUUGUGAAGAAGAGCUGCAGUAUAGACCCUGAAGUUAUCUAAAAUACUAAGUCAUUUCCAUUUCCAUUUUAUUAACGGGAUGUUGCAAUCAUCUGUAACUAAUAAACUUACAAAAUGACUGGCACAAAGACAGACUCCUUGAGCAAAAGCUGCACAGUUAACUACAGAAAGAUUCCUAAUGUGGAGACUUUUUAAAUGUUUAUUAUAAUCAUAACAAUGGCCUUUACCGAAAGACUAAUGGGAACUCUACACGUUAAUUCUUUUAUAAAACCUGACUCAGAUCAGUGUACUCUCCAUUUUAUUGCCUUACCUGAAUGAGUCCUGUUUGAUUGGUAAUAGAUUUUUUAUAUACCCACGUUUGAUUUAAAAGUAACUUCUAGUUAUUGGGUUGUCGGAAAAGUCACGACGCAUUUUUGCAACUAAAAACAUAGAAAAAAUACGUCAUGACUUUUCCGACAACCCAAUAUUAAGCACUUUUAAAAUGAAACCCAGAAGCACAUUUUUCUGCACAAACUAGUUACAAAGUUCAAAAGUGUUUCUUAUGCAUUUGCUUGAAGAUUCAAUUUUUAACUUUGUCAACCACAUUGGAGACACUCGGCACUUCUGCGUUGUGUGGUUAAGAGAACAGUAGAGAAAGAUUUUCUGGCCUUCUUGUUCUCGUGGUUACAUCUCUAUACAGUUCUGAUUGCAAGUUGCUCAGAUAACAAAUGACAAGGCAGAAUUCUUUAAAGCAUUACAGUUCCUUAGACCUAAGGCUAAAUCCUGAAUCCAUUAUUGAAUUCUUUAAUAUCCUGAUGGCUAGCAGAUUGACAGCUGCACAUUUGGCAUGCUUUGUUUUUUGGAUUUUAUUUUUCAUUGCAGAUUUAUUUGGCAAUGUACAGUAAAUUUUGUAAACUUGCAUCAAGUUUAUGAAUAAAGAAUCAUUUAAAAAUUAA